AUGCAGCCGGCAAGCAUGGAGUUCAGCGCCCCGGCCGGGCUCGAGCCGCAGCGAGGUGACUCCUCGGAGGAAGUGGACCUGAGCCUGGUGUACCAGGCGGCGUCCAGCGGCGACGUCCGCGCGCUGACCGCCCUGAUCCGGGAGGACCCCUCCGUCCUGGAGAGCCGUGACACCGAAGGGUGCACACCCCUGAUGCACGCGGUGUCCGGGCGGCAGGUGGACACGGCGAAGCUGCUGCUGAAGAUGGGAGCCAACGUCAACACCCAGGACGCCGAGGGCCGCACCAGCCUGUGCCUGGCCGCCUACCUGGGCUGGCUGGAGGGCUGCGUGAGUCUGCUCCGCAACGGCGCCAAGCACGGCAUCCCCGACAAGAACGGCCGCCUGCCGCUGCACGCCGCCACGGCCGAGCCCGACGUGAGGCUGCUGGCGGUGCUGGUGCAGCAGUGCGGCCUCAGCGAGGUCAACCACCAGGACAGCGAGGGAAUGACCCCCCUCCACUGGGCGGCCUUCCACAACCAGCCGCAGCACACCCAGGUCCUGCUGAGGAAGGGGGCCGACCCCACCCUGGUGGACAGGGACUUCAGGACGGCCCUGCACUGGGCGGUGCAGAGCGGGAACAGGCUGCUGUGCUCCAUCAUCCUGAGCCACCACCAGGGCCCGUCCAUCAUCAACUGUGACGACGAGAGCGGGAAGACGUGCGUGCACAUGGCCGCGGCCGCGGGCUUCAGCGACAUCAUCACGGAACUGGCCCGCGUCCCCGAGUGCAACCUGCAGGCUCUGGACCUGGACGACAGGACACCCCUGCACUGGGCGGCGGCGGCCGGGAAGGCGGAGUGCGUGCGGUCCCUGCUGGACCUGGGCGUGGACAGCAGCCUGCGGGACGUCAACGAGAGCGCGCCGCUGGCCUACGCGCUGCACUGCGGCCACGCGGCCUGCGUGCGGCUCCUCGCCCGCGGCGGGGCCAGAGCAGAGCCGGCCCGGGCCCUGCCCGCCCCGAGCGGCCGGCCCCCGCGGAAGGAGGGCCGAGGCCGCGUGCUGCGUCAGAUCCUGGGCAGAGGCCGGAAGGAGGAGCAGCGGGCCGCGCCGGGGGACCCCGGGGAGCUCCCCUCGGGCGUCGACGACAUCAUGGCCACCUUCGACAGCACCGCGGAGACGGGCUGCCCGGAGCAGGGGCCCAGGGCGGACGCGAACCAGAGGAGCUCGGGGGGCUGCGCGCACCCCCUGCCCGAGCAGAGGCCGCCAGCCCGGCCGGGGCUCCCGCCGCUCAGAGCGCAGAGCCUCCCGCCCAUCACGCCGGGCAGCCACCUGCGGACGGCCUCCCACGCCGGCCUGGGCCCUGGCGCCCCCCACGCGGCCCCCAGAUCUCAGCAACGCUGCGGCGAGCAGGACUCACUGAGCCACAGGCCCGGCGGCCAGGCACUGCCCGACCCCUGGAGAGGCGACUCCGGCCAGGGGCUCCCCAGGGUGUGGCCGGGGCCCCCCGCCGAGAAGCUGCUGGACAGGUUGCUCCCCGGCAGGUCCCGGCACCAGGACGUCCCGGGGCCUCCACACCUGCCUCAUCUGCCUACUCCCUCAGCAGGGCCAGGUUUCCCGCAUCGCUCCCCACACAGACCCGAGGUCAGGGACGUGCCCUUCGCCCGGACCAGCCUGGCCCCCCUGGCCGACCGGAAAUUUCUGUCCGGAGAGCCCCUGCGGACGAACCGCGUGCUCCCCGCCAUCCCCAGCCAGCGGGGCCGCGGGGCCGCGGAGGAGGGCGAGGAGCACUGA